GCCGGACCGGCGCGGCGCGGCGCGGCGGCGGGAGAUCGAUCGAAAAAAGAACGAAUCCAAGAGGUCGAGGACUUUUAAUUCUUUGGCGGAAUUACGGGCACGUUCUCGCGUCGGCUGUUGAACAUAAUUGAUUUUGAACGCGUGGGUUGAAGGAUUAUUAAUUACUGCUCAAACGUGACAGUCAACGGUCGUGAGUCGCGUCCGAGUCACUAUCCGUUGUGAAUUAGUGGGAAACACUGCCAUAAAUUCUAUGAUACCGAUAGUACAAUAAUUAUUGUGUAUUUCGGUCCACCGAGGGGGUGGAGAACUAACUUCCGCAUCUGUCCUCGAAAUCUGUUCAAAUUAUACACGUUUAAUUUGAAAACACGUAGCACGUCCGUAUAACGUGCUCGAAUUCGAAUCGCUGUAUGAUAUUUGAAAUUUACGAGCUCGACCCGAGGACUUAUUACGCGAGCAUAUACUACUACAAUACCUACGUUAUACACAGAACCGGAAGUUCGGCUUUGAUUUCGUGCCGUACGUACAGCGAGGCUAUAAAUUAUAAUACACUUUGAGUGUCACGCAUCUUCUACGAGCGAAGUAAAGCCAGUCCCGAUAAAUAAAAUCUCCCGAGUAAAUGACCGAGUGGGUGGGUGGGUGUAUCGUGAAUUAAAAGUUUUCGUUUUCUAACACGACCGUGACAAGCUUGACAUUUUCUAAACAUCGUAUAGACGUUGCGACGGGUGUUUAUUGGGAAUUUAUUCAAUUCGUAACAGUAACGUUUUCAAAUAUGACAGCUGAAUGAGACGUCGUCCUCGGAAAAUCUAAGGAACGCGAACGUAACGCGGCGAACGUAUUUAUAUCGAUACGGCGAGACUGUGAGUAUAUAGUUUGGAUUAUUUAUAUCGGCCACAAGUUGCUUGAUAGGCUUAUACGAUUGUAGAAUAAAUAUGAUAGUAAAAUUUCCGAUGAUCAUAAACAUCGUUUAGCGAAUAGUUCGUUAUUAUACGGUCCCGCGAUAUUGUAAUACGCUACACGUGACGGCCUCUAGCUAGUUUUAUAACGAAAACGUAGCCCGGUGGAAUGCUAUUGACACGUUAUAUCCAGUUGCACGCGUCUUGAAUAUUCAAUAUAUUUCUAUUCCAGAGUUGCAGUGAAAAUAUAUAUACAGGGCUGGGCGUCAGCUUAUAUUUACCCAGGAAUAGCGCAAGGGUGAUCAUUCUUUGUGCAAUCUCAGAAAGUUUCGCCGGAGCGUCGAACAUAAUUGAAUUUCUUUUACCGUCUCCAUAGUCAACCCGGUCCGACCUUUCGUGACCUCGAGCAACGAUCCCAUCGCGUCAAAUAUUCCAGCCGAUCGAAAAUAAUCAACAAUUUUUAACCUGUUCGAUACCACCGUACGAGAAUAUUGCUUCUUCUCUCUUCCCUUCGACGAUUCUUCGCCGAGAUCUAUCGGUAAUUUUCGUUUAAUUUUUAUGGCUCGCUCAUUUUAUUUUCGAGGAGAGAUUCCCCCCUCGAUAAAAAAAAAAAAUGAAUGGAAAACGUAGAAUUCCCCGUGCAGUAGGGAUGAACGCUCCGAAUCUGUUUGCGGGAGAUAAAAAAUGUCGAUGUACCGUGCCCGUUUGUUGUAAUUUUUUUUUUUUUUUUUGAUUUUUAUUAUUCGUUUUUUUAUGAUCAAAACGAUAAUUUUAGAACGGAAUAGAAAACGUUCUUAAUACUCGAGGUUUCUAGUCCGCACGCAAAAUUUCAGGUGUUUUUUAUACACUUGUUCUAACUUUGUUCGGAUGGUUUUGAUCUCGAUAUGUUUAUGAAAAGGAACGACGUAUAUUGCGCAUCGCACAUGUGGGCAACACAUUUGUGCAUUCGUAUACUCGAUUCAACAAGUAUUCUAACGAUAUCAUUCGUUUCUAAAGAGCGAUGGAAUCGACCGAGCUGAAAAAAUUGUUCGCACUUUCGACCGUUGAUUACGAGGUGACGAUACACGCACGCGUAAUAGACGACGACGGAAUUCCAUGAAUGGACGAUUCGGCGUGGGUUUAAUUCAACUAAAAUCUAAUCUUGUCUUCGCCGAUGGCGACUGCCGGAACUCGUCGAACCGCACGAGCUUCCAAGUAAGUCGUAAACUUGGCUCAACUUCGGAGUACCUCGCCGCACCACGAAGCCUUGGCCAAGUUUACGAGACGCGGAUCGAGAAGAAGGAGAGCAGCGAGCGGGUGCACCAUCCGCAGCGUCGGAGUGCACGGAGAGGAAUACGACGAAGAAACGACGAAGAAUACUCCCGACCGGUGGCGAUGGGGAUCUUCUGAACGUUUGACGUUUCAUGAGGUCAGCAGGUGCAUGGACUUUGCUGGGCGUAACGGGUGCCAGAAUAAUGACGUAUCCUCACCAUCAACAAAGCGUGUCGAUCUCCGAUAGUUUUUGAUUUGUGAAUUGUCAUAAUAAGCCAUCAUUGAUCUAAUGAUACUCGGAAUUACCGAGCCAUUAUUCUGACAUGACAAAAAUAGAUACCUUGUGAAUCAUAUCGGAACGUUUUGAAUACAUUAUUGAAUAUAUAGAUGAAAUAUGUUUCAAAUAUUCAAUUGAUAUGUAUCUUACCUACAUUAUGUAUCAAUAAAUAC